AUGACUUUGAGAUCACCGCUUUUGGCACGAUGUUGUCUCAUUGCCCGCUCGGCGCUCGUUUCCAAGUGUCAGCUUGGUCAGAGCACGCGAGGGGUCGCCCCAUCGGGGAACCGAUCUCUAGCUACGCACACAGAGUCGCCCAUAGUUCGGCAACAUUGUGCUGAAGUGCAACCGCCAUCGGAGAGAACCGCGUUGGACAUACUUCUGCGCGCCAUACAGAAGAAAGACUCGUCACAGAUUUGCUCUGCCUUUAUAAAAUGGACGACUCUGCUGGCCGACCAGGCAUCCCCACUCCACCUUGGCGCUGUCGAGGAGCUGCUCCAGCUCUCCACGCCCACGCUCUCUGAGAUUCUACGCUGCUUGGAUCCUUUCAAUUGCUCCGGCGAUGCGGCGGAAGGCCUCAGAGUCAGCGCCGGUGAGGCACAAUAUACUGCCACGGGCAAUUUCUUUGACCCGUACGGUGUCCGGAACCGCCAUCGCCAGGUGCUGGCGGGCUUGCAGACCCUUUUUCGCAUCCGCACCUCUUUGACACUGCCCGACUACGAGAUCGCCAUGCGAACCGCAGGCGCUGCCGUCGACUUCCAUGCUGCGCGCGAAUUUUGGGGCAACAUGGCUGAGAAUGGCCUGCAGCAGUGGCGCACCACGCGGGCCUGGAACGAGUUUCUCAAGGCCUUCUUCAUGACGGAGCCGCUAUACUACCAGUUCGAUAGGGCGCGUGUCGCCGUGACCGCGCGCGACCUAUUUCGCUCUCGCAAUCCUGUGCACGGCGCCACACUCGAGGCACUCGACCGACAGCGAUUUAGCGUCAACGCGCUACAGCACGAGCCAUGGAAUCGCAUACUAACGGAUAUUGACAAGGACGUAAUGCGAGAUAUGCGAAAACGUGUCCAAGACCGUGGCUAUCGUGAGCACUGGCGACGUGGGCUUUUAUAUGGCGUCGGCAUGAAUGAAGAGCUCCUCUGUACCUCGAUCAAGGCAUUUGCACGGUCAGCCUCGUUACACGCGAUCAAGGAGCUCAUUUUCGGCCAUUACUAUGGUAUAUUGAUCGAAAAUGAUCGAGACCCGGCACAGACCACCAUCACCGGAGGCCAUGACUUUCCCCACGACUCGCCGCUACGGCCGACCGCUGCUCUACUCGAAGCCAUCGCUGAAGGGCUCGGCGCAAUGUCACACAUUGCACUGGCCUUGCAGCUGAUCAACUUUGUCUCGAAUCGCUACAGUAUAGCCAUCCCACACUCUGUCUGGUCAAGCCUCCUGAACUGGGCGUACAUCUUCUCCUCCAAGCCCUUUGGCGACGCGCGUCAGAAACUUGGCGACUGGCCAGCCACGACUCAACGACCGGUCGAUGUCAUUCAUAUCUGGGAGGCCAUGACUUCACCCUCUCACGGCAACAUCACACCGACCUUUGAGGACUACGACGUCUACAUCAAAACGCUGCUCGUCCAGCGUUGCGUCGUCAAGGCGUUUAGCACCAUCAACGAGUACGCGCUUCCAUACUACACUACGCUCGUGCAGGAGUACGAAACUGCCUUUGCAGAUGAGGUUCUGCAAGCAGACGCCCUCCGCGCAGCCGCCCCCGCGCGCGCCACGCUGCGCCGGCAAAAGGCCGAGACGCGCAAGGACCACGCGCACCACCGCAUCUCGCUCUGGUUCAAGCAGCUGCUCAAGGUCAUCUCCGCGAAUCGCCACUACCGCGACGGGCCCGCGGGCCAGGAAAUGGUGCCCAACCUAGUCCGCGACUAUGGCUACUUCCUGCCGGCCUUUGUCAAGUACCGCACCGCGCAGGGCACGGUCACGCUGGAGCGCAACGGCGACGAGAGCCUGACGGAGCGCGUGUCGUGGGAGCGACGCUGGCGCACGACGCUGCCGAUGAAGCGGAGCGGCGUGCACAUGCGCGUCCGGCCGGGGUCAACGGAGCCCGAAUUUGACUGGCCGGCGGUGUGGCCAAUGAGAGUGCUCGAGACGCGCCCGGUGCCCAGGGAGCGGCUGGCGAGGGUGCCACCGCCGCCGCCGGGCCGUAAAGAGGGCAAGUGGUGGGAAAGGCUAGAGGAGCAGCUGAUCAUGUGA